UCUGGAACCAAGACUGCCGUCAGUGUUCUUUUAUUUAUUUUUCCGUUUUCCUACUUAUUCGAAAAUACUUUUAAUUUUUUGUGGUUCGCCUCUAAUAAAUUGGAAAAGAAAACCGGUCAAUGGUCGGAGUAAGAGGCAGGGUAGGGAAUGCGACCAAAUUAAGCCAACAACGCCGCCGCCGCCGAGUCUCCGCUUUCCCUUCGUUUCUCAACCAACCUGCAGAUUGAAAUUCCUGCCUCCGAGGAAUCCCCGAUUCUUUCCCCUCUGUUUCCUUUCUGGGUUCCGAUCUAGCCAUUGAGAUCGGCAUUGGGUUGUCGCUCCGGCCGGCGAUAAAGGAAAGGAAGUAAGAGAAGAUGGAGAAUGGAGAUGAGACGAGGAAGGAGGAGACGCAGCAAGGAUCUUCCUAUAGGUAUUGGGUAAGGGAAGCCACGGCGGAUGCCACUCCCGUCCCUGUUCCUAAGAAGCUCUCUGCUCAAGACGUCGUCUCUUCUCAACCCAAGUCUACCGCCCUCGGCUCUGUCUGGAAUCGGGCAGGAACCUGGGAGGAGAAGAACCUUAAUAAAUGGUCGAGUGACAGGAUAAAGGAGCUACUUACAUCAGUGGGAACCUUGGACUUCACUGGUGGCAAAGCAGAAAUAAAAGCAGUUUCGAAAUGUUCAGGCGAUGCUUUCUUGGUUACUGUGAGGAACAAGAAGCGUGUAGGCUAUACUUAUGAAUUAACUUUAGACAUUAAAGGAGAAUGGACUAUCGAAGAGGAAACAAAGACAAUAAGAGGAUCCGUUGAUAUCCCAGAAUUCUCCUAUGGUGAGCUGGAUGAUUUGCAGUUCGAGGUCCGGCUGAGCGACACAAAAGACAUGUCGCAGCAGAAUAAGCAACGGAUCAGCAAAGACUUGAAGUCAUUUUUGGAGCCUGUGCGGGAGAAACUGCUCCAAUUCGAGCAGGAGCUGAAGGAUAGGUAGUGGGAGCAAAGCACCCCCAAGGAGUCACAUUUGUGACUGAAGUGUAUGAUUGUAUGCUGAGACCAUCCUUCAUUUCCCCUCCUGUUUCAACGGUGAUCACAAUAGACUUAUUUAUAGCAGUAGUCGUGUUAAGGGAUAAACUGUUUGGACACCACCUUGGCCACGAGACUCCGAAAGAGCUUUGAUGAACUUCGAUCGUGUGUGUGUUCUCUUUGUUUCAGUUAAUGGACAAUAGAGUAUUAUCCUGUGUUGUUUUUGUUAUAUGCUCUCUGGAAUUGCCUCUACUUCUUUCUUUUACCACGUUAGUCCGAGGGGCCAGAACUGACAAACUAGAGUCGCUUCUCAGGAUUGAACUUUCAUUUGAGAGCGGGGUGCUACUAGGCCACUAUCUU